UCAAAACAAACGGGGCCUAAGCGCUUAUAAAACCCUAAUUUGAACACUGCCAUUGGUGAAAUACAAGCGAACCUCUCAGACCUAAGCUCCCGGCAAAACAUAUCUCAGACCCUGUAAUUCUCUGACUCCAACGAACCUUUUUCUUCUCACCAUGGCAACUCGCCUUCAAUUUGAGAACUCAUGUGAAGUUGGGGUGUUCUCGAAGCUGACCAAUGCCUACUGUUUGGUUGCAAUUGGAGGUUCAGAAAACUUCUACAGUGUGUUUGAGACUGAGUUAGCAGAUGCUAUACCUGUGGUUAAAACCUCCAUUGGUGGUACUCGGAUAAUUGGACGGCUUUGUGCUGGAAACAAAAAUGGGCUUCUGCUGCCUCACACCACCACUGACCAAGAACUUCAACACCUGAGGAACAGUCUGCCAGAUCAAGUUGUUGUACAGCGCAUUGAAGAGAGAUUAUCUGCUCUAGGGAAUUGUAUAGCAUGCAAUGAUUACGUUGCUCUAACACACACUGAUCUUGACAAGGAAACUGAGGAGAUGAUUGCAGAUGUUCUUGGGGUAGAAGUUUUUAGGCAGACAAUUGCUGGUAACAUUCUUGUGGGCAGCUAUUGUGCCUUCUCCAAUAAAGGUGGCCUGAUCCAUCCUCAUACAUCCAUUGAAGACUUGGAUGAACUUUCAACCCUCCUUCAGGUCCCUUUGGUGGCAGGGACUGUGAAUCGUGGUAGUGAAGUGAUAGCCGCCGGCUUGACAGUUAACGACUGGACAGCAUUCUGUGGAUCAGACACUACAGCAACAGAAUUGUCAGUCAUUGAGAGCGUCUUCAAGUUGCGAGAAGCCCAACCUAGUGCCAUUGUUGAUGAGAUGAGGAAAUCAUUGAUCGACAGCUAUGUUUGAGUCAUUGAUCCGUUGAUCCAUGGCCAUUAGUUUGAUACAUCAACAAUGCAUUGGACUCGUUUCUUGUAGUUGGUAGGUCUGAAGCACUUGCUCUUUGAAUUGUUAUUUGUUUACUUUUCUCCAUAAUUUUCUAUUUUUGCCUUGAGAAAUGAGCUAUAAAAUGCUGUGUCUUCUGGUAUAUAUCAACAUAUGUGCUUGUGCCCUAAUGAUAAGAUUGUCAUUGGUUUUGAAAUGGGUAUACUCGUCAUUUGUGCUGUUUGGUAAA